AAUGUGCUGUCAUUCGUCCCUUCCGCGUUGGCAAUUUCGCAGGUGCUGCUUUAUCCACGUCAGUUUUGCUUUUAUAAACACAGAGCUUACGACCACAGAGACGGCACACAUGCAAUAGCCGUCGGACCCAUAUCCUAACAGACAUUCUACGAGCUUUUGCAAACAUGUCAUUGCUUGAUUCUGAUGACAGCUAUGACUUCGUCUUCAAAAUAGUUUUAGUCGGAGACGUCGGUGUCGGCAAAACUUGUGUAGUGCAACGAUUCAAGACUGGUAUCUUCAUCGAAAGACAGGGCAACACAAUUGGAGUGGACUUUACCAUGAAGACUGUGGACAUUCAAGGAAAAAGAGUCAAGUUGCAGAUCUGGGACACAGCAGGGCAGGAGCGCUUCCGCACCAUCACGCAGAGCUACUACCGCAGCACCAACGGCGCCAUCAUCACCUACGACAUCACCAAGAGGGCCUCCUUCCUGUCCGUGCCCAAGUGGAUGGAGGACGUGAAGAAAUACGGCGGCUCCAACAUCGUCCCACUUUUAGUCGGUAACAAAUCCGACCUAAGCGACAUGCGUGAAGUCCAACUCGCAGAGGCCCAGUCUAUGGCUCACCAGUUGGACUUUAUCACUGCCAUUGAGACGUCAGCCAAGGAUUCUACUAACGUGGAAGAGGCCUUCAACAAGAUGGCCGCCGAACUCAUUCUCAGACAUGGGGGCCCCAUGUUCAAUGAGAACGUGACUGACAGCUUCAAGUUGAACAGCAAGGAUGUGACUACAGAAGGCUGGGGCUGCAGCUGUUGAUGCCCGAAAUUUUUCAUUAUCCGUCUGGAAAGUUUUUUUUUUUUUUUUUUUGCUUUGCUGGUCUUUUAAGGCACACCAUUCGAGUUCCUAUAAGGGACAUUUGUUUUUCUAUUCUCCCAGGGACCAGUCCAUAGUUUUUAUUUUUAAAUUUAGCAAUAAAUAGUUUUCACUGUUGAGGCAGAUUGGUCACAGUGUGCCCUCAGAGAAAAGUCUUUCACCUGGACAUGCACCGGAGAAGGAAAGAAGUUUCUAGAUAAAGAGACGUUGCAUGUGGACCUUCAACUCACAAGCCCUGACUGAUGUGCAGGCAUUUUGGCAUGGAACGAAAAGGUCUUUUCAGAGGGUUCUUAAGCAAGUUUGAAUCACAUGUCUGGUAAUGGGCUAGCCUAGCUAAUGCAUUCACAUGUCUCUCUUAUUGAAUGCGGCCCCUACAGCACUGUCAGCCAGGGUUGCUGAAGUGCAGCAACUGCUGUUGCCUGAAGUAAUGAAACCUCUUCAAAGGAUUUUUGGUUUUUGCCACUGGUACUUUCACAUUCUUUUUGUCGAAAGGAAUGCUGAUAAAAGAUGAAUACAACCUUGUAAACGUACUUUAUAGACUUAUGAGCUUGGUGUCAUGUCAUAGUGAGAAUGCUAGACUGAGUGCAUAUUUACACAGCUAUUGACAACAGUUAUGGUCGUUGAAAGUCUCUUAGAAGCACUGUGGCACAGGUAAACUAUUGCACACACUAGUUUAUUGACACACUCCAGUAAAAUGGGGCAAUGUUUUUUUUUUUUUUGACCAGAUAUCCUUUUAGCUUUUUGUAAGGGGGGAAACAAAAUGUCUGGUAUAGCGUGACCAAUAAUGGAAAUGUGUACUAGUAUUACUAUUAACUGGAUUUUUACAUCUCACAACAACAGAAACGGGGAAGACCACAACAUCGUGUUUAUCACAGUGCCAAAAAAAGUCUGUGAUGGUAAGCCUGGCCGUUGCCAGGGGGACAGUUGAGUCUCUGGUUUAUUGGCCUUCUGAUUGGUGGCCUUUUAGCUUCUGCUGCUGUGGCCAGGAUGUGAUGUCACAAAGGCCCCACAUGUCGCUCAGCUGGAGGGGAGCAGAGAGCCCUCUGCGCUUUGGUAUUUGUGUAUCUCUCUCUCUCUUUUUUUUUCACCCCCUGAGGAUAGAGGGAGAGAGGGCUAUGUGUUUGGAUCAGCUGGACACCAGACAUCCACACAGAAAGCACUACUGUACUGUUGCUUUCUGAACCAAUGCUGUGAAGCUCCCUUGCUGGGCAGUGUUGUUUUUGGAGUGUGUGAAGGAAAAAGCCUCUCAAAUAGUUUUUUUUUUAUAUAUAUUUAUAACUGACGUGUAAAUGUCAACUGACACUCCCCACCCCCCCACACACACACGUGCGCUUACAGAGAGAUGGUGGAAUGAUUUGCCUCAUAUAUAAGGUGUGUAGUUGGGUGUAAACUGUGGAUGAGGAGAGAGACGAUCAUGUGGUUUGAGUGUGUUUUUAUUUUUUUUAUUUUAUAAAAUGGAUGUAUUCAUGGGCAAAGAGCAGCCAUAUUGUUUAUUUAGCUGAAAGUGCAAUGACGUUUGUCUAAGCAGACAUGGAGAGAUUAUGUGCAUCAGAGCCUCUGGACUAUUCCCCAUCUUCUCCUAAUAAGCUGUAAUAGAGUUUGACAACCAGAUGUCCAUUUUAUUUCCAGGGACAGUCCCGUGUUUCAGUAGUGUCCCAACAUGUUUUGAAAUGCUAGAUGUGUCACAUUUCCAAGGCAAUAUUUUACAGCAUAGUGUGUGUGUGUGCGCGUGCGUGUGCAUGUGUGCGAUUUUUAAGUAUGGAACAAAAAAAUUGAUGUGAGUGAGAGCUACAGCGUACAUUGUAAAAUAGUGGAUUUGGUCAUCGUAGUUUGAGUUUGAGAGGCUGAGGAAUUUAGAAAGAUGGGCUACAUGGCAGAUAUGUCAGCAGAGGGGUGUUGUUACAAACCUUAAUCACGCUCAUCUGAAAGUUAAGACUGCAGGCCACCGAUUCGGCUUUGGCUCUCUUCAAUGACUUGGUGUCGUUUUUGGCAAGCAGAGGCAUUAUUGAAGCACUUCUUUUUCAGUGUUAACCUAAAGCCAUGUUGAAACUGCAGUGAUCCAUCUUCAGCCUUGAAAGGAUUGCCACACUCAGUACUACGCUCAUCACUCACUGGAAGGUGCAACUCUGUUUAGGUACCUUUUACGUCAUUAUAUUUAGUCAAUUAGGCCUAUGUAGGUAACCAGGAUUUUAUUGGAUAUUUUUUACAAAUUAGUUAUUUGAAAAGCACAUAUUCAGGUACUGUAAUUUAGUAACAUUUAGACAGAACUUAGUACAAUUUUGAAUGUUUCCAGUGGUGGGUGAAAAAGGCAUUUGUGAAUUAUUGAUUUUUAUAGUGACCUUCAAAGAUUUAUAUUGACUUUUGGUAUAAAGUUGGAACUGAAAUGUUUUUAAUUGAUAAUGUCUUAUGACUGAAGGACACGUCUCUUGGAUGCUACGUACAUGCCUGGGAUGUGACCUUGGUUGAAUGUAUCUGAUGGUUGGUUAUAGCGGAUUUUAGAGUGCCUUAAAAUAAAUUUGAUAUCAAUAGAAAAAAUGACUAGCAAUAGCCAUGACAUGUUACUAUGCAUUUUAUGAUAAUACUUUGACACAAGUUAUUGUAUUGAAUUCUGUUUGUAAUCCUUUGUUUUCUGAGUAAUUUGAUGCUCUAAAUGAUCUGUUCAUAUUGAAUAAAACAUAUAUAAAUAUAAAUACUU